AUGCCCGGGCUGAACUAUGUCACGUUCAACCAAGACCACAGCUCGCUGGCUGUUGCAACAACACGCGGGCUGCGCGUGUACAACACCGAUCCCUUCGAGCUCACAAACCAGUCCUACGAAGAUGACAUCGCCCUCGUCGAGCAGCUCUUCUCCACCUCCCUCGUCGCCAUCAUCCUUACGCCCCGACUGCUGCGAAUCGUGAACACCAAACGCGCGCAGAAGCAUUCGACCAUAUGCGAACUCACGUUCCAUGGCAUGGUGGUGGCGGUCAAGAUGAACCGGAAGAGGUUGGUGGUCAUGCUGGAAGAGGUCGCCUUCAUCUACGACAUCAGCAACAUGAAGAUGAUCCACCAGCAAGUCAUACCUCAAAACCCAGGCGGCAUAUGCGCAAUAUCCCCAAACUCGGAGAACGGCUAUCUUGCGCUACCACAUUACCACAAGACGCCGCAGAACCCGCACACACAACCUACGCAUGUGCCCAAGUCGGUUAUAAAAGAGUCGAUCAGCGGGGACGUCCUGCUGUACGAUCUGAACAAGAUGGAGGAAGUCACAGUGAUACAGUGCCACCAGGCUGCGGUCUCAUACAUUGCGAUUAACAACGACGGCACACUCAUGGCGACAUCAUCAGAAAAGGGCACAGUGAUACGGGUCUUCUCGAUACCAGACGGGAAGAAGCUCUACCAGUUCCGAAGAGGCAGCAUACCGGCGAGGAUAUACUGCAUGAGCUUCAACGCAACAUCCACCCUACUCUGCGUCUCAUCCGCGACAGAGACGAUCCACGUCUUCAAGCUUGCGCCGCCAGGCCCAUCGAAUGGUAACGCCAACCGACCCAUCUCACCUCCAUCCUCCCCAACUCAACAACGACAACCCUCCUUCUCCGGCCGCGACCGCAGCGAAAGUCCCUCAGCAUCAGAAGACGCACGAGAAGGCAGCGCAGACUUCGACGGCGACCCAUCAGCAUUGUCAAACGCCAAGCAACCACGACAGCCAGGAUUCAUGUCCCUCGUGCGACGAACCUCGCAAAACGUCUCCACAUCUUUCGUCAGCAGGGCAGCAGGCUACCUACCCUCAUCUGUUACUGAAAUGUGGGAACCACAACGAGACUUUGCCUGGAUGCGCGUACCGCGAGGAGCUAACGGCCAGCCGGUGCGAAGUGUCGUGGCGAUGGCGAACAACACUCCGCACGUGAUGGUGGCCACUAACGAGGGUGACUUUUACGUGUACAGUGUUGAUCUGGAGAAGGGAGGCGAGGGAACGUUGAUGAAGAGGUUUGAUGAGAUCCAUGGCAUGAAGUAUCGGAAGGGGAACGACGAGUACGAAUGA